AUGUAAGAAAAUUAAGACUUUGAUCCUGAAUUUCCUGUUCCUCCUGUUUUAGAUUCACCUAAAUCAUAAGAAUAUCAAAAAGUACAUAUAUAUAAAAAAGAGUUUAGUUACAUUAAAAGUAUUAAGCAAUUAAGUAAAUUGUGAUGUCAAAUGAAAAUUCAAAGAAUCCAUCUGAAGUGUUAUAGAAAUUAUAAGCUUUCUUCAUAGGAAGAUAGGGUAAAGUGGAAUCAUAAUCUGAUUAAACAUAACCUGAAAUGUUUAGAAGUGCCAAUGUUUAAAGUGGUAAUGUUUCUAGGAGAUUUAUAUAUUAAAAACCUGGAACUGCAAAUAACUUAAAUUAUACUCAAGAAUUAGAGAAAUAGAAUUCAAUGUUAAAAUAGAGAAUAAUUAAAGUAUCUUAAGCAAGGGAGAAUGAUACUAAUUAAAUUUAACUAGAAUAUAAUAAAAUGAAAGUCAGAGUAGAAAAUUUAGAAAAAGAAAAUAAAAAACUUAAAUCAGAUUUCUCAAAAUGCUACACUUAAUUAAAAGAGAUGAAAUAAGAGAAAGAAGAAGAAGAAAAAAUGAAAUGGCAUAGAGAGGCAGUUUCAGAUAAAAAUCCAUAUUUAAUGGAAGAGUUUCGAAAGAAAUUAGAUGAAAAAGAUAAAGAAAUUAAAAGAUUAUCAAAAAAUCUUAAAAAAGUAUAUAAUAUUUAUUAAAAUAUCUUAGUUCACUAUUCUAGAAAAGAAAUUGUGGGUAAAAGAAAAGGCAUUUGAAGUAGAAAGAAGUGAAUAUUUAGAUAGAAUAUUAUAUUUAAGUGGAAGACUAGGUUUAACAAAACUAGAAUGA